UCAUCUGGGAGAACCAUUGUAAUGUACACUACAACAAGUUAUAGAUUUAUUGGUAAUACCGACCAGAUACAGUUUUCUACUACGGCAGCGCACACAGUUACAUCAACAUCUACUUUUGGUUCUUUCACUGAUGAACCUUACAUCGAAUUCGCCAUCACAGCAACCAUCAGUCCUGCUUGUAAAGUAGGGUCAUAUGGAGAAAACUGUGCACUUGUUUGCAACGAUACAUGUAUUGGUUGUGACAGAGCAAAUGGAAUUUGUGACAGCGGCUUUCAUCCUGGUUGGAAAGGAAAAUUCUGUGAUGAAGAAUGUGACUUGGGAUUACACGGGGAGGAUUGUAGCAUGCAAUGCGGACAUUGUUUGGAGUCCCUUCCAUGUCAUGCAAUUAACGGAUCGUGCUUACAUGGAUGUGCUGCAGGCUAUGAAGGGUUUCUGUGUAACAAAAAAGAGGAAAAAUUGAGAUGA